GGGGAGCUGCCGCCGCCUGAGUUCCGGGCCUUGGCCCUCGACCCGCGCAGCUUGCGAACGACCCCCCGCUACUUACUGCUCUUUUCCUUCUCCACCCCCAACCUCCUGCGAACCCCCCCAAGAUCACACACACCCGCCCCGGAAGAUGGGGAACUGCCUCAAAUCCCCCACCUCGGAUGACAUCUCUCUGCUUCACGAGUCUCAGUCGGACCGGGCCAGCUUUGGCGAGGGGACGGAGCCGGAUCAGGAGCCGCCGCCGCCAUAUCAGGAACAAGUUCCUGUUCCAGUGUAUCAUCCAACACCCAGCCAGACUCGGCUAGCCACUCAGCUGACUGAAGAGGAACAAAUCAGGAUAGCUCAAAGAAUAGGCCUUAUACAGCAUCUGCCGAAAGGAGUGUAUGACCCUGGAAGGGAUGGAUCAGAGAAAAAGAUCCGGGAGUGUGUGAUCUGUAUGAUGGACUUUGUGUAUGGGGACCCCAUUCGAUUUCUGCCGUGCAUGCACAUCUACCACCUGGACUGUAUAGAUGACUGGUUGAUGAGAUCCUUCACAUGCCCCUCCUGCAUGGAGCCAGUGGAUGCAGCACUGCUUUCAUCCUAUGAGACUAAUUGAGCCAGGGUCUCUCAUCUGACUUCAAGUGAACCAUCAGUUUGGUGGUUUUGAUCUUUUGUCACUGAGCCCAAAGAGCCAGGGAUUAGGAAUUAAGAUCAUGCACAAAAGUUUCCUAAAAAUUCCUGGAUGGCUGCAGAUGUUGCGGGAAAGUAUGUGAUAUUUUAGAAACUAGGGGGAAAAUUAGGAUGGUAUUUUUAUGUAAAGCCUUGACCCAGUGUUUAAAAAUAUAAUUGUAUUUAGAUCUUAUUAUUGCUCAAGUACAUAGGAAUUGUGUAAAGUGUUACAGCAGCUGUAUAUGUUUAAAUUGUGUGUGUUAAAGAUUAGGAAAAAGAUAGUGGUUAUUUUUCCUAAGUGAAUUAACAUUCUCCCCGACCCCACUCAGAUUCUUUUCUGAAGUUGCUGGCAUUUGGGUCAAGGUUUUAUUAAAAGCUACAUUUUAUAACACUGGCACAAAAAAAAAAAAGUAGUUUUAAGCUUGUUUGCACAGUUCUUUUUUUCCAUUGGAAAUGGAACUCAUUGCCUUAGGUCCUUUUAAAUAGUGUAUUAUUAUCGUCGGGGCUGGCUCUAUGCUUGAAAAUCAGUUUAUUUAUAACCUAUUAUAAGUGCUGUAUUAUGUUUGCAGUUAGGAAAUGCAGAAUUCAAAGUGGUCUCCUAGCUUGUAAGCAAACUGAGAUGCACUAUCCCUUUUCUAUUAAACUGAAGUUAAUGGUGUCAAGAAACCAAUUCUAGUAAAGUUGGGAUAUAAUAUUACCAUUUCUUAUGUGUUUUAUCUCAUUCUUUUGGUUGUUAAUAUGGUGAUAAUUGAAAGUCAAGGUAAAUUUUAAUAUUAAGAUUUCUGAUUUAUUGAAUUAUGCCACCAGUGCUUAUGUAAAAAUGAAUGUGGCAUCAUGGUGAAACUUAAAUAAGAAAUAGUUUCUCGGUUAUAACAAUUCUGAUUUGUUCUUUCUUGUGACCUCCUUCCUUGUUGUCUUGAACCAUAGCAAAAGGAUACUGCAUCUCUCCUCCCUGUAGUGCUGAGGUCAUUGAAGUUAUAUAAACACAUCUCAGUCUUUUGUUUCUUGGGAAGACAUUUGUUAAGUUCUGCUAGCUAACUGAUGAGACAAAGCAGAGAAAAUCAAGAUAAAUGUGUUUCAUGUUUUGCACACAAAUGCAGAAUUUGUAUAACCACAUGACUUCAUAGUUGUGAUUUCAAAAAGAAUUUUUCUUGCAGUUAAUGUAAGAAUACUCUAAAUCUCUAAGCUUCUGAAGUGUUAGAGGUAGAGAUGGUCUAGUAAUGUAGUUAGUGAUGUUUUAUUUAGCAUGUGUUUAUUUUUUCUUAUGUACUCAAAAGUGACUUCUUUGUUCAACUCAGUGAUACUACAUCUAAAAAUCAUUUGUUAGUGAAAGGAGAAGCUGUCUCAACAAUGAAGUUGCUAGGUUAUAUUGAGUUGAAUAUUUGACUCUAACAGUUUUCUACAUUCAAAAGACAAGUUCUUGAAUGUUCUUUAUAAAUUACAUUAUAGAGGACUUCACUAUAAGUACUUUGAAGAUUUGACCAUGUGUUAGUUCAUUCCUUUGUGAGCCCCAUGAUGGAAAGAUUUAAAGGUGAAUUUGCAAAAGAUUGAAUGAAAUUAGAUUAUUAGGUUCUGUUCAUUUGUUUCAUGUAUCUUGUUUAAAUUUCUGUUCAUUAAUUUAUAUCCACCCAAUUACAUAAAGCAAAUUUUGAGGAAA